AUGCACCAAAAAAAACAUCACUGUUUGCAGUUUCUUUCCUGUUUGGACCAGUUCAUUGCUGCACGGUAUGCCCAACCCGCGAGCACUGCAGAUGCCACUUGUUCAAGACCCGAGGCUGGCGAGGAGGUGACCAUUAGCUAUUUGUCAGAUGAGGAGCUUUUCGAAGCCACUAUGGAGCGUCGCAUGCGCUUGCGGAUCUCCAAGGAUUUUCAUUGCCUUUGUCAACGCUGUUCAGAGCAUUGGGACCGCAGUCGUGGCGUGCGCUGCCGCUGCGGCAGUUUGCGGUUCCUCGCCGCGGAAGGAUCUGACUUGUCGCCUUGCGACGCUGGCUGUGCCUGGCCUGCAGUCGAGGUGACCAAGAGAGAGGAACUUUUGGUCCAGCUUUGCAGGCAGCAAGCCGACGCAGAUCGUGCCACACGUUUGGCCACGGCCCAGAGUUUCGCUCCAGCUGCACACCAACUGUUGCCAAGGCACUGGGCAACCGAGUGCUUGCAUAAAUGGCUGGCUGAAGGUUGCGCGACAAAGAAAGAGGCCAAAGAAUGCGAGGAGAAGAGGCUUGAAUUUCUACAGGAUGCCUAUGAAGGAGCCAUGCGCAAUACACACACAGCGUGGGUCAUGCAGAGCUUGGCUAUGUGGACCCUGAGCUCAUGCGGAGUAUUGCGUGAAGACCCACCUCCUAGCCCUGAUUGUUGGGCAGCAGCUCGUGAAAGCGGAGCGCUGGAUUUAUUGGAAAAGGCAGCGCAAGUCUUCAAAGAGUUGAACGGCGAAGAAGACAAGAGUCUUUUCCGUCGCAAUGCCUGGGAGCUUCCGCCUCCAGAGACCGUGCCAAGCAAUUGGUGGGAGAAGAAGGGCAGUGAUGACAGGCUGAAUGUCCGCACUACACCGCCUGAGUGGAUUCAAUCCACAACCCCACCGUGGACUGCAAGAGCGGGACACGUGGCAUUAGUAGACCCGGAGACCAAUGCUGUUUUCAUUCUGGGUGGCGAGGGGCCUUCGGGCUACAUGGCAGACAUGUGGAAGGAGGCCUUCAGCAUUAAUUUGGUGAAUUUGUACAAUAUGCUAGAGCUGGGUUUCCUGCAGGUUACCAGCGCCUUCUAG